AUGGCGAUCUGUACUUAUAACACACGUACGCUUGCAUCGGAAGCGGCCAUCGAAGAUCUGAUGAUGCAAGCUAAGAAGAUCAAGUACGACGUCAUUGGACUAACCGAGACGAGACGACGUCACCCUCUCAACGCCGUAUAUGAAACUGGAGAAGAACUUAUCUUAGGAACAUGCGACAGUAGAGGUGUCGGUGGAUUUGGCGUCCUCGUCAACACGAGUAUGGCAAAGAACAUCGAUUCUUUUGAACAACUUACGACCCGAAUCGGACGUCUGCGGAUGAGAAGAUGUGGCCCUACACCAGCUUUGACUAUCUUCGUCGCUUACGCUCCAACAUCAAGCUACGAAGAAGAAGAAGUCGAAGCUUUCUAUAUGGACCUGGAGAAGUUCUACCGAGAAGAUCAUGCCUUCUACAAGGUCAUAAUUGGCGAUUUCAACGCCAAAGUUGGCCCAAGAAGAACGCCGGAGGAACUUCACAUCGGGACCCACGGCCUACAAUGGAAUGACCAGGGGGAGAGGCUCUCCGAGUUCAUCAUGACGACUAAGACCAUCCAUGGGAACUCGCAAUUCCAGAAGCCCUCCUCUCUACGCUGGACGUGGGAGUCACCCGGUGGAGGGUAUCGUAAUGAAAUAGACCACAUCAUCGUCAAUAAAAGAUUCUGCCUGACGGACGUCGGUGUUGUACCAAAGUUCUAUACGGGAUCGGACCAUCGCCUCCUCCGAGGAAGAUUUUCCUUCACAAGGAGAGCAGAGAAAGCCGCCAAGUUCAGAGAGAGAAAUCCCAGGACUACCAUCAACUGGGAUCUCUUCGCUACGCUAGCCGGCUUUUGGGAAGAUUCCGCAAUGGGCACGCGAAGAAGGCUGAGAGUUUUAAAACCACCAAGAGGCGCCUGUCUCUUGAAACUCUUGAGCUGA